AUGUUUAGAUCAGUUUUAAAACAGCAAAGAAAUCUUUUACCUAGAUUAACAAUUAUUAGAAUUGCAUCUCCUUCAAUUAUCAUUCCAUCAAGUAAUUUCCAUUCAACUUCUAUAAAUCUUGCCAAAAAGAAAGCCAAAAAGAAUAGCAAGCAACAAGAAGAUGUUAAUGAAGAUAUUGAAGAACAAGAAGUAACUAUUGAUUUUGAUCAUGUUACUAAAAAUUUUGAGACUGUUUUAAGUAAAUUUAAUAAAGCAGCUACUGAUAUUAAAUUAGGUAAACUUAAUCCUAAAAUUUUUGAUAAUUUAGAAGUUAAUAUUGGUAGUCAUGGACAAGAAGAAUUGGUUCCAUUUACUUCAGUAGCUCAAACUUCUGUUAAAGGACGUAAUUUCAUAAUUAAUUUAUUUGAUGCUUCAUAUGGUAAACAUGUAAUUAAUUCUAUUAUUGGAUCAGGUUUAAAUAUGAGUGGUACUGUUGAUCCAACAAAUAAAUUUCAAGUUAAAGUACCUAUUCCUACAAUAACCUCAGAAACUAAACAAGAAAAUGCUAAACAAUUGAAAGAGAUUUAUGAAAGUUAUAAGAAUAAUCACAAGACUAAUUCAUUGAAUUCUGUGAGAGGUGAAGUUAGACACAAAUUUCAAAGUCAAUUGAAACAUAGUAAAAUAAGUGAUGCUCAACAUCAAUUAUUGAAAAAAUUGGAAAAUUUACACAAGACUUAUCUCGAUAAAUUAACCGAAGCAUUUAAAACAGCUGAAAAGAGUAUUCUUAAAUAA